AUGGCCACAUCUGCCCUGUCCGUCUGCUCCAGCAACCUGAGCUAUGGCAACCCCGCCUGCCUGCCCGGCUCCAGUGACUCUUGCACCGACUCCUCCUGGCAGGUGGACGACUGUCCAGAGAGCUGCUGUGAGCCCUCCUGCUGCGCCCCCACCCCCUGCCUGACCCUCAUCUGCACCCCAGUGAGCUGCGUGUCUAGCCCCUGCUGCCAGGUGACCUGUGAUACCAGCCCCUGCCAAUCAGCCUGCACCAGCUCCUGCACACCCUCAUGCUGCCAGCAGUCUAGCUGCCAGCCUUCCUGCUGCACCUCCUCCCCCUGCCAGCAGGCCUGUUGCACACCCGUCUGCUGCACACCCCUCUGCUGCACACCCGUCUGCUGCAAGCCCCUGUGCUGUGUGCCUGUCUGCUCUAGGGCCUCCUCGUGCUGCCAGCCCACCCCCUGCACCUCAUCCUGCUGCAGACCCUCCUCCUGCGUGUCCCUCAUCUGCUGCCCCGUGUGCAGGCCUGCCUGCUGCGUGCCCGCCUCCUCCUGCUGUGGCCCCACCUCCUCCUGCCAGCCCAGCUGCUGCCGCCCAUCCUCCUGCAUGUCCCUGCUCUGCCGCCCCCUGUGCUCCCGCCCGGCCUGCUGCGUCCCCGCCUCGGCCCAGAAGUCCUGCUGCUGA